AUGGCGCAACCAGAAGAAGACGAAUGGGAGUACGAGUACGACGACAAUGAGACGGAAGAUUUCUACAUCCCUGUCGACCUAGCCAAUGUCCCCACAGUUCAAGGCGCUCUCGGUAUUGGUGGCCCAACCCAAAAAGGUCACCCAACGCUACUUGCGACCAAAUUGAGGGCAAUCACCACCGAGCGGCGAGAGGCCGAGAGCAACUUGGCCGUCCAAAACGUCGAAGACUUCGACGAGUCGGUCCGUAAGAUCCAGAUAAUAGGUCUUCACACGGAGAAUCCUCUCAUGAUGUACAACGAUCAGCUGCUCAGUUGUGAGUGGAACAAGAUCAUUGGGACGGACCUCAUCUUUGCAAAGCCGGGCGCUCUUACUGGGGAUACGAACGAACCGCUGCGCUCUUUGCCCUCUGUAGAUCUUGUUGCAAUGGGUUCUGCGAAAUUGGUGGCUAGGGUUGCGCGGAUGCGACCGAGGGAUGAUCUCUUUGACGAGGAUUCGAAAGUUGAUGAGCAGACCUCAGCUGAAGCGAUGGACACUUCUGGAGGCGAUGAGCGCGUUUCUGCCACCGAAGCAGCCGGCGAGGUUGCGCCUGUACCGGCAACUGCGACAGAAAGUCAAGCGGCCAAACCGGAAAUUCGAACGACUCCACCGGCAUCUUCGAGCUUCUUGGGACAGAUCAACGCGGUAAAAGCUAGGCGCGGAGAGGCCUCACGCUUAGUGUUGUCCACCACGCCUGACGGAUCGCGACUCGUAGCUGCAAGGGAGAGUGCGCCUUCCGCAGAAACAGCAGACGAGGAUACCGCCAUGGGCGGUGCGUGA